GUUCGAGGCUCACUGCUUCACCGGCAAACUAGUGGGUAGUACACGCACGCGACACAGAUUUCAACUUGGAUUGUUUAGUUUCUCCUUCCUCACCUCUCUUAGUUCAUCCUUUCCUUUCGGAUUACCUUACGUUGAAGUUUAUCCCGAAACUCGACAAGAGACGCAACAUCGAAUCGGACGAACGUCGCGCGAGCAACGACUCGUACAGCCCCGAUCUGCCACCUGAUCAGCACGAGGAACAGGAAGACCAUCGCGUUCGAAAGCCUCGAGAAGCCGAGGGAAGAGGUACCGAGCGGUUUUCGUCAGGCGGACGAAGUCGGUGUCAACCAGCAAAAUUACCGGCCGCGGCGGUUGCGCCAAAUAUUGUGGAACAGCUCCAUCACCCGGCAACAUUUCAUUCUCCAGCUUUCGGCAGUCCUUCACCUCCAAUGUUAACUACCUGAAACGGAGCUUGUCUUCCAGGUUCUCGUCAGGGGAUUUGAGCUCGGAGCUCGACGAUGAACCAAGCACAGACUCUGGGCUGGCCUCCAUGGCCAGGGAUUCGUCCCAAUCGUAUCAAGCGACGCCGGAUAGGCCGCUUCAGUCGCAACCGACUCCGGUACCACCAGCCAGUCAGCCACCGGUGCCUGGAGCACCGCCACCAGGCCCUCCUCAGCCUGUCGGCGGUGAUCUCAGCCUUAACCUGAGACCUGGAUCCAGGACCACCAGUGCACCCUCAUCGCCAGCGAAGACUCGCGAGAGUCUGCUCCAGAGGGUCCAGAGUUUGACCGGCGCUGCUCGCGACCAGGGUGCAUCGAUCCUGGGAGCGGCAGUGUCCGGCGCAACGAGGCCAUCCUUCAACAAGGACCGUUGCUUCACUCUUCUGGUUAUCGACGACCAGAACACCGACUGGAGCAAAUACUUUCGAGGUCGCAGACUUCACGGCGAUUAUGAGAUCCGCGUAGAACAAGCGGAAUUUCGAGAAUUGUCGUUGACAGCCAGCGAGGCUGGCACUGUCGUGUCCAUGGCAGUUUAUCGUAACGGGACCAAGGUCAUUCGAUCCUUCAAACCUGAUUUCGUCCUGAUACGACAAAACCUCAAGGACGCGGGGGAAGACAACAAGAACCUUCUUCUUGGAUUGAUGUACGGAGGUGUCCCGAGUAUUAACAAUCUCACAGCAAUUUACAACUUCCAGGACAAACCUUGGGUGUUCGCGCACCUCUUGGGUCUUCAGCGGCGCUUGGGAAAGGACAACUUCCCCCUCAUCGAACAGACUUACUAUCCCAAUCAUCGCGAAAUGGUGACUGCAUCUCGUUACCCAGUUGUGGUGAAACUCGGCCACGCCCACGGCGGAGUGGGGAAAGCCCGCGCCGAGACGAACCAAGAGUUUCUAGAUCUCGCCUCGUUGGCAGCUCUGGCGAACACCUACUCCACCUCGGAACCGUACGUCGACACCAAGUACGACGUGCACGUGCAGAAAAUUGGCAAUAACUACAAGGCGUUCAUGCGGAAGAGCAUAAGCGGAAACUGGAAAUCCAACACUGGUUCGGCGAUGUUGGAGCAAUUAGCCGUGAGUGAAAGACAUCGCACCUGGGUGGAUCACGUGGCUCAACUGUUCGGCGGGUUGGAUAUCUGCGCGAUCGAAUUGCUGGUUGGAAAGGAUGGUCGAGAGUACAUAAUCGAAGUGAACGACAGUGCUCUGUCGUUGAUGGGUGACUCGCAGGAAGAGGAUCGUCGUCACAUCGCAGACCUUGUCACCGCGAAGAUGCAGGCAUGCUGCCGAAUUCCAAGCGUGUUGACGAAGACGACAUCCAGAGGGUCAAUGUCUGGCUCCAGUCAGGCAACGAGUCCCGUAGAAGAUCGCACGGCACCACCACCACCACCACCCACCGCACCGUUGGGCUCCCACGGAAGCAUGGGCUCCAUGGCAAGCAUAGGAAGCUUAGGAUCCGUAGGGUCCACGACUGCACUCGCGGGCGACGUCACUAGCUCCGACAGCCACCAUCAACUGCAACGCCGUGACUCUCAAGCAUCGCAAUCGAGUACGGUGAGCAGCGCUCCAUCCGUCGGCCGACGCCCAGAAGAACCCCCAACAUCCAGAAUACCUUUCCACAGACAAGGCAGUCAGUCCCAGAGCGAAGACACGGAGGAUACCAUGAAGAACCUUCGAAAAACAUUCGCUGGGAUCUUCGGAGACAUGUAAACUCAUCGAACGGACGUACUGGAGCAAAGAAGAUCGUCUCGAAGAUGUACCGAUUUAAGUUAAACGAGAAUAGGUGUUAGGCGGUGAAACGAUUUUAAUUUUCAAGCUUCCGCAAGGAAUCAUUGCGUAUCUUUUACACUGUUACGUUGCUGUAGCAAGGUUUUGUGGAAAAUUCUGUUCGAAGUUAAAUUAUCGAUGAUCGUAUUACUCUUCGUUGCCUAGUAAGCGAAAACGUUUAUAUAUUUGCAGAUCAACGCGCACGACUAAACGACAACUCGUGUCUCGCACGAGUCACGACAUAACGAUGUAAAUUUUGCUAACGGUCCACGGCGAUGUGUAUAAACAUGAACAUAACUCGUUGAAUCCUUCGUUUCCGUUGAACGAUUAGAGCCUCAACUUCGUCUACAUUUUUUGCAUUUCGUUGAACAUUAAACGAAAGCAAGCGUUCGAUGAUUCUUCCUUGAUUGUUCUUUGUCUUCGCGACUGUAUAUUUCUCUAUGAUUACCAAUUCACACCUGCACGUUUCGCGCAUGCGUUGCAUCUAAAUUAGCUACGUGUUUCGAUAAGGGUUGGGGUGAGAAAAAAAUUUAAGGGGUUUAAGAAAAAAAUAUGUCGUGGUCGUUUAUGUAUAUUAAAAAUGAUGAAGCGAAAAGUAAUGUAGGUUCUAUGUAUUCGAUGUAUUCAGCAUUUAAAUAGUGGCUAGGAAAAUUCUCAGGUUAAACGAUAAUUAAUACUUUUCCGAGCGUCCGGUUAUGUUUCUUUACCAUCGACGUAUCCGUUCUGCACACUCUCGUCUCGUUAACGGGAACGGUCACUUGGUUUUCGAUUCAAACUGGAAGAAACAGUACCAUAGGCCCCUGUCAUCUCCUCAUCCGACUUUACUUCAGGCAAUCCACCAUUUUUAGGCUUAACUUUCGAUUAUAGAGCAUUCUCUAAAAAAAGGCAAAAAAAAAUGACGAAGAAGAAGAUGAAGAAGAAGUAGAAGAAGAAGAAAAAGCAGCAAAGAGAGAAGGAAAUUUAUGGAUUAUAAAUUGAACGGGAGAAGGAAGUCUAUUUGUAAAAUUGUUAAAAUACUUGUAAGCCGACGUCAUUCAAAAAUGAUUGAGGAAAACAAAAAAAGAGGAGAUUCGGGCAUUAUACAGAACAUUUUGGCUAGAGAAAAGGACUUCGUAUCGGUCGCUGGGCGUCCGUUUGAUCUUACGAUCGUGCGACGCUCAUCUUGAAGAUCCAGAUCGACGGGGUCCUGCAUCUUAAGCGCACAAAUAGUCAUUAAGCUUUCGAGAUCGGACAGUACUUUGACAUCGUGCAUGCGAGCAACGCAAAACGGUUGGAUGUAAACGUUACUCGUCGAGUUUGCGAAAACAAAAUUUCUCCGUGGGCCCGUCGGUGCGUUCUCGGAACGAUACCUAAUCUCGGAUCAUUGAAAUUCUUCGACCGACGGGCGAUCGAUUUGUACGGCCUCAAAAUUCUAUUGCAUACGAAUAGUGCGAGCAUCUCGAUGUUGGAAACUGUCCUGAAAUUCCAAUAAACGAACCGCUUCUUUUUCCUAAAUUUUCGCGCAUCGUCAGUCGUCGGGGGGUGGAAGCGUGUUUCGCGCUGCUUCCAGCCGGUGAAAAUUCGCGAAAAAAAGAGAAACGUUCGUUCAUCCGUAGAAUUAAGAUGAUCACCGUGAAACGAAAAAAAAUGUAAUAAACGGGGAUUUCGUCAGCUAGACACGGGAAGCGGAAGGGUGAGAAGUGGUUGCUAGGUGUCGCGAGAACGAAGAAACAUGGGCAUUCUACUAUUUACGAGCGUGCAAACUCGAAGCAAACCGAAACGCCGAAUGAUCUGCAAAUAUAUGACUGUUAGUUCGCCGAAUGAUUAUAACGAGCAAGCUUCUUUGAAUCAGUACUGUAAAUCACGAGUCGUGGUAACAUCGAUCAUCGACGGAGGAGAACGAAGAAUGAAUUAACCGAAACGUCUUUAUCCAAUGAUCUCAAUUUACAUUAGCGUAAGGGCUGAUAAACGUAUUAUGACAAAGAUAGACCUCGUGGUGUCAGCUUCGAAGGGACGAAAAUAAUUUCUUACGAUACUCUGUUCCCCGUUAAUUUCAUAGUUUCGAGUCUAACUUCGGUCAAUUGAAAAUUCUUACGAUAAUUUCCAAAUCGAGCUUUCGUUAGUUGCAGAAAUGCAGUAGAGCUAUGCGUAGGGUAGCGUUCCCAAAUUAGACUUUUUCGCAUCGAAUUUCUUGUCGAAUAAAUCGAAGAUUGAGUUCAAGAACACGUAACAAGUGAUAAUCAUUCUGUAUUGCACAAUUGAUCGUUAAAUGUUCUACAGUGUUUAGGAAUUUUGAUUAAAAAGGUAGUUGUAACUUACAACGACUCUCACGGUUACGAAUUAAUUUCGAGUAAUAGACGUCCGACGAUUUCGUUUUUUGAUGUGCCUUGAUACUUAAGUGUCCUUGUCACCUUUCUCACUCGCUCGGAGUAAACGAUUUCGACGUACACUCUCUUACCGUGCACUUAACCAUGAAAUCUAUUGUUUAUACUUUUUAUACGAUACGCGCGCGCGCACCAAUUGCAUUUGCACGAUCACUGCAACGAGAUAUUUAUUAAUCAGCGCCCUUCGAUAUCGUGGAUAAGUGCAGAUACACCGUCCAAUGUGUCAAAGAUCAGCAUCGAACGAAGGCGUUAGGUUCAUUUGAUAACGUCAAUUUCUCGAAUUCCCGUUGAUCCUCACUAACCCUACGUUGCGAUAUCGUAGCUUUAGAUUGGCUGUUACGAUUCGUUUAACGUCACUUUUAUCGAGACUGUUGGUUUCUAAAGGCAUCGACCUGUAGAAUGUAUAGAGUACGUGUUUAGGGCCGCAGAGACGGGCAAGAUUUCAUUUCCAAAUUUCCAAAUUCGAUUGAGCAGUUAUUCAGGUCUAGAUCAAAUCGGUCAGCAAUUUUACCUGUCCCUGUCGCGAGGUUAGUCUCGAAGAGUGUUUCAUUUUUUUAAACUUUCAUUCGACGCACGAUCGCAACGAAAUCAGAGUAGACGUUUGAACGAAUAUCAAAACAAAAUAUCAAAAACCACCGACAUUGAAACAAUACUUUAAGGGAUAAACCAAGUAAGAACAGAUGCGAGCACGCGACACGUCCAGGGAGCCUUUACAACCUGGGAAGUCGUCGCGCUCGACGAAGUACAAAGUCCUCGAAAAGGAAAGUUGAAACCUGCUUUCGGAGCUGACGCCACGAUGCAGAGCGAUACGAAAGCAUAAAAGUUUUCAGUGAAUGAGCCACGUUUCGAUUAUGCACACGACGUGCACCAUCAUCGAUCGAGGAGCAUAGCGAUCGCGGCUCCUUCUUGUCCUGAGCAGUCGAGAAUCCCACGCGGCGUGUCAGUGGCGACGCAAACGUGCCCUGAUAAGACUUGCUAAGCAGGACGUGUUCGAUCUGUACUGAUACGUAGAUGCGGUUAAAGAUUACCGAAUAUCUCAGGGGUGCAACUUUAUGCACUAGGUAGGAUAGAAAACUAGAGAAGGCAGAUGGGUUCAUGCGUUGCAGCCUAGACGAAUCAACGGCAUUGACAUAAAUCCCUAUAAAGACUAGCAUUAGCCGCACGCUUCAUCGAAGACAUCAUAGCGAUUGUCCAUUUAGUGGCAAAUUCGGUACUGCGCCGAGAAACGCUGCGCGAUCAUCUGAAUUCUGUUUGCGUCAUUCGUUUAAUACUUGGCGAUUAAUGUCAGUAAUUCUUUGAAUAGUCACUUCUAACGUCGAGUCGAAUAUUGUUUAGUCUUUGCUUAAGAAGUUAAUUCUUUCAAUUUAUAAAUGUCUGAUUUUAUAAUACGUAACUAAUGAUCGUCUAGUUAACAUCUAAAAGGAUGAUCUCUUAUGAAUUCUUUUAAUCUUCUGUUCACACGAUCUGUUAAAUACUUGGGAAUUAAUAUCCCCGAUUCUUUUCAAAUGUCUCUUUAAGAAUUUAAUUAGUUGAAUUUAUAAAUGUUUGAUUAUAUAAGGAAUAGUCAACAUCCGAAAGAAUCUUUAAUUAUCUACUACGAUUUUUUUAUAUAAUCUGUUAAAUACUUGGGCAAUAAUGUCGUCAAUUUUUUUUUAAAAGUGAUGAUGUGACACUCGUUUGGUGUAUAAAUUAUAUUUUGAACCAGGAUCGCACAGAUGAUCGCGCGCACCCAUCGAUCAGACACAGACACGCAUCGAAAGGCUUCACGCCUCCCGAUCGCGUAUGACCCUAGAACAACGACCUUGUUAAUUUAUUCUAGUGCCCGUGUGGUGUAGUGAGCAGCCUUUAACAUCUCUUCAAACCCCUUUUAAUCGUAUUUAUGUAUACAAAGUAACGUUUGAUUUCGUCGUAACAACGUACCAGCGAUACUACCUAGCGGGUUCAUUGUUCCGCGAAACGAAACAGUCCCCGUCGCCUCUUAGUUCCUCGUUUCCAACGACGUUUUCCCAACGUCAAGCUUUCGUCUCAUCCCCAAAUUCCUGUUCUCCUUUCUUGCCGAAGUUACACUUAAGACUAGGAUAAUCUACGUAGAAUCUCCUUCUGUCGUGUAAUCCCGCUGUUAGCUAAGAACCACCAUACCAUAGAUGAUACGUUAAGGCCAUGAAAAUAAUUAGUAUUCUUGGAUUCCUGAAAAACACCUGUUACACGAGUAAGUUCUAACCUAAACAAAGAGGAUGCGACGAGCUCGAUACGCACGAUGCCGCGAUACUAAACGAUUUCACGCGACGAUGUCACCUUUCCGCGACUGGUAUCGCGGUGAUCGAUCGAGCCCGUCGAUGAAUCAUGCUACGACUUGUUACCAAACCUAGGAUACUUACGCUUAGGUCACGUUGAAAGUAACGAGUCGAAUCAUUUCGGCGAGCGUUCAAUCGGAAUCGAAUACGUCUCUCGAUACGAGUAUCGUACCUCGUCGUUUACCCGAUCCCUUAACCCUAUCCUCACACGAAAGAACACGAUCGACCAACACCCAGAGAUCGUACUUUCGAUUCUCCUCGAUCUCCUCUAAAAACACUUCAUAGAUCGUGAAACGAUAACACCAAGUCACGAGAUACCUACAACGAACGACGAGGGGCUGAUACGUUCGAUCACGAUUCGCUCGACCCUUAAUUACGAUUAUUCAGUGUCUCUGUGUAAACGAAUUUAAGUUAACGAGAAUAAUUAGCGCGUAAGGUGAGUUUAUCGUCUCUAGGUUAGUAUCUACGUUUAGGGUCUAUGUAACCGUACGUUACCUCCUUGAUUUCAAUGAGUGCUAGUCACAUGUACUAUAAUCACUUGACACUCGUAUUCACGAUACACGAAUAUACAUAAUACAUACAUAUAUAUAUACACACACAUAAUUAUGAUACGCGUCAGUUAUAGCUUAUCGUCUCAGACGAACAACAGAGAAAUCGUUUUAGGAAUGUAAUGGUUAUGCGAGGUUAAGAGGAGUUUCAGGUCUAAUUAAUUGUAAAUUGGUGGGAAUGCUAUUUAAUAAUAUAAGAGCGUAUACACAGUUGGCGUCGUGGAGCGUCUCGGUGGGAAUUGCGCCACGUUUACCUCCGAACGCUGGCCUUGGUGUCUUCGAUCGUCGAUCGUUUCUCCCCGAUCCUCGAGAGGGGUCACCGUUCUCGCCGGACGAGCCACCGUCAUACACGAUAUCAAUUGUACGACAAUAUAAGGUAUUAUUACGAGAAGGGCGACGCCACGACGAGCGAUCGCCUUCCUCGAACGAGACAAGUGUGAGAGAGUAGUCUUAGAAUAAAAUUGAUGUUCUCCUUCGCGGCGCGGUCAUCUCAGACGCGUCGCGGAUUCUAAUUGAAAACUGUCCACGGGUGAUCGGCACGGAUGAACCCUCGAAAUCGUUCGCGCCCUUCCGAGCGACUAUACUCCGCCUGGAAAGGGAGCUUGCAACCUCCAGCAAUCGAGUUCGAUCGUUCAGCCGGCGCUGGCCUAUCGAUCGCUGCGUCCACGAUCGCGUCGCUAAUCAAUCCCCACUUUCCCACGCGAGAUGACUCGAGAUAGAUUCGAGCCAACGAGCUCACCUCGCCGACGGAUAUCGAACGAACAACGAAUUGCUCGCGAUCGCGGCGCCGCGGCGUCGAGACGUUUCCAAUCGAACAUUGGUUAAGAAAAAUCCUCCGAUCAUACGGUUCAUCGCCGAUUUAUAUAACCGCUAAUAUAAAACGAUGAUGAAACGAAGUACGGGAAUGUGUUAGGUAAGAUGCGUAAAAUGCGAGUUCUAUCUGUCAUCGUUAGGUAAUAAGAUCAACAUUUGAUUAUUCGGGGGGUAGGUAAGUGCAGCACAUUGAGAAUUCGAGAGACGAAUACAAGUAGUGCAACAUAUAAGAUUCUUGUAUAGACGCAGACAGACGGACCCAGGCGUCGGGCGUUCGUUACCGAUCGGGACACCGUCUCGAAUUCUUCGAGACAUGCCGGAAAUGCGUGUCUCGGAAACACUCUUCCGUCGACUGUCAAUUUGUAUGAUUCAUUCCACAGUGUCGUCGGAAGAGUGUCGAGGAGACGCUCGACAGGCAACGAGCGCAGCGUUUCACGGAUCGUCGAGAUAGUCUUCGAAGGAGCCACCUGGACGCUAGAGCGUCCCGGUGAUGAUUUCACGCCGCUAAUGAAAUCAACAUCGGGGGUCAAGGGUUCAACUCAUCAGCCCGUCGCGUCUGGAACGACGGAACAACAAUUGGCUCCUACGUGGGCUCGACGAGCAACGCGAUAAGCAAACGGAGUACGACGGUGUUGAUAGAUCCAAUCGUCGUCGUAUUUCGUACUUCGUCUGCAUAUCGUGGAUCGUCAUCGACGAUUGGACGAGGAGUUCUUUUCGACGUCGAGCAGGAAGUGCCCUGACCAUAGCGUUCGGUCUCACGGAAUCGUUCGCGGCGAUUGGGCCAGGGUGCCAUUCCUCCGUUUGCUCAGUUCUCCACAGGACGUCGAUAAAGACAUUUUGAUACGUGACGUGAUGCGGAGAAUUUCUGGGCAAACGCGUGAUCGGGUGAACAACGGUCGUGGAACUGGAGAUCAUUUUGUGGGAAACCAUUCGUCGCUGAUGUGUCGACCACCGACAUGAUUCGACAGUGGUACUGUUGGGAUCGUUGCGUGUCGACGAACGGAACAUGCUCCUCGGGUCAAGGUCUCGUGUCGCCCCCGACGCCACCCUAUAUUAGCCCACGGACGAAGGUUGUAGAAUUUUUCUUCGAUAGAAUGGUGUAUCGGCAAUUGCAUACCAACAGAAAUAUUGCCAUGCCAUACUAUGAGACGUCGUCGGCACGUUUUGCAGCUCGUUAUGGUUGUUAAGACAUUGAAAUAUUACGAACUAUUUGACGAAUUGAGCUAUCUCAUUGUGUUAUGUACACACAUUUAUAUAAAUAUAUAAAUAUACGUUGAAGUUACCAUUGCGACUAUGAUCGGAAUACUACGUAGCGUAAUCGAGGAAUGGCAUGCACGCAGGUUGGCAUAAAAUGUUAUUAAGAAUCCUCGAACGGAGCGUGGAGAAGUUCUUUCAGGCACUGAACGAAGGUAACGUUAGUAACCGUGGAAACGGUGAUCCUAGUAAUCGUGAUGGGAAUGAGGACCGUUUUGUACCGCGCUAGAAUCUGGGCACCGUGUUAUCCUGGUUGGCCCGCGUGGGCUCCUUUCAAUCACGAUUGCUGCGAUACGUAAGCUAAACUGUAAUAUUAAAAAAAAUACAUAUAAACACCAAAUAUUAUA